UCUCCAUCGUCAGCAGGAAACCAGGGAAGCGUCCUUGGAUAUUAUGUUUUGAGUGUAACUUUUGCAUCUUUUCCCAUUCUGAAUACACCAUGUCUGUCUUUUCAAUUAACUGAAAGCUCUUUUUUUUCUAGAAGUACUAAUGAGAAACUAUUUAAAGUUGGGGAGUAACCAUGACUGCGGCUGCUCUCAUAGGAGACCAGCUGAUCCUUGAAGAGGACUACGAUGAGAGCUACAUCCCCUCUGAACAAGAGAUCCAAGAAUAUGCAAGAGAAAUUGGCAUCGAUCCUGAGAAUGAGCCAGAGCUGUUGUGGCUGGCCAGGGAGGGCAUUGUCGUCCCUUUGCCUCCUGAGUGGAAGCCUUGUCAGGAUGUGACAGGGGAUGUUUACUACUUCAACUUCUCCACUGGCCAGUCCACCUGGGACCACCCAUGUGACGAGCACUACCGGCGCCUGGUGAGCCAGGAGCGUGAGCGCAUUCAUCUCACAGCAGCUGCCAGCGGGGCAGGGGCUAAGAAGGACAAGAAGAAGAAGAAAGAGAAGAAGGAGAAGAAAGAGAAGAAGAGGAAGGAUCCACUGAAGGCUCCAUCAGCGCUGAGCUCUUCUUUAGGACCAUUAUCAUCCCCACUUGCCAGCUUGGUUCCUGUGAGAGGUCUGGACGCCCCUGGUCAAGGGCCUCUUUCUGGAUCUGCUCCUUCUCUUCGGGGGUCCCUUGGCAGUUCAGGUGGGCUGGAACCUCUAAAGACAUCCCUCCGAGCUCCUCGAAGCAGCGGGGCAUCUAGUGUUUUAGGUACCAGGCAAGAGGAGAGGGUGUCAUUUACUUUACCUGGCUUGGAUGAUGAUGAUGACAAUCCUGAAGAAAAAAUCUCAGAAAAUGAGUCAAGUCCUCGUGGUUCAGACAGACUUCUGAAGAACCUCCACCUAGACCUGGACACUCUUGGUGGAGGUCUGCAUUAUGAGGACAGUGAAGCCAGCGGUGCAGCUCCAGCUGAGGAGAGGACGGAGCCAGAGUUGCAGGACUUGGCACUGUCUGGAGACCACAGCCCUGAACCACCAUCGCAGCAGGACUCCUUGAAGGGUCGCCACAUCCACCUCUCUCCCACAACGGCUGACAGAAACCAAGUCAGCGAGGAGGGGGCUGGUGUUACCACCCCUGAUUCUGAACACUUUGCUGAUCAGUCACUAGAGGAGGUUGCAGAGGAGGGAGGAGAGUUGGAAGCUGUUCAGGAAGAGAAGGGAGAUGAUGGAGAAGGAAGGGACGCAGAGGAAGCAGGGAGCAAGGCAAAUGAAUGGGGAGGAAAUGAGCUGCAGGAUGGAGAAGAAGCAGAUGGGAAAGAUAAUUCAAGGCGAGAGGAAGAUGAGGAUGCAAGUAAAGUGGCUGCAGAGAGUGAGAAAGAAGAGAAGGAAGAGAAGGAAGAGAGUAAUGAGAUUGAGGAGGAGUACAGUGUUGGUGAAGAUGUAGAAAAGGAUGAAGAGAAAGGUGAAGUCUCAGAAAGUGUGGAACACAAUGAUAGAAAGGAUAAUGAACUAGAGGGAAAUAGCAGUGAUGAAGAGAUAGAAAGAUUUGUUGAAAGGGAGGAUGAUGAAGCCAGAAACAGAGAGGUGAGUGAUGAGCCUGGGAGGAGUGUAACCGAGGAGAAAGAAGGGCUGAAAAAACAUGGAGAAUUCAAGGAUGAAGCUGUGGCAAACUGCCACAAGAGUGAUGGAGAUGGAGGAAGGGAGGAGGAGGACAGUCUUGACAGAGAGAGAGAUGAGACUGAGAGAAGCAUUUCCGAUGAAGGGCAGAAUGAAAGUGAGAGAGAAGUGGAGAUAAAUAGCAAAAAAGGACAGGAAGAGGAUGAGGAGGGUGAGAGUGAUGAGGCCCUGCAGAGAUGCUCCAUCAGCCACAGGAAACUGUCAGAGACUCACAAGGACGCCUUAGAAAGAUGUGUGCAGAGCGGAGGGGAAGAAACAUUGAAGGAAGGAGUGGAAAUAGAAGAUGAGUCUGAUGGUCAAAGUCCCAAAGAAGCAUCGGAGAGUGAGGAGGAAGUCGUGGAGGUUUUUAAAGCGGGGCCAUCUCAGGUCAAAGCAGCCAAGCUGGGGCAUAAGAUGCAUUACCAAAAGAGUGAAAGCCUUGCUGAUGUGAUGAAGAAUGUGACCAAAAAAUCUUCCCUUUCUGCAGAGGAGUCGGAGGCCAGUAAAAACAUAGAGGCGUCCUCCUCAGUGGAUGUCAAGCUGUCACAGAAAGUUCUAGACAUCAACGACCUCUCUGGCACAAUCAGUCCAGUGGAAAAAGACAGAGGAGGAACACAUGAAGAAGAAGAGGAGGAAAAUGGGAGCAGAGGAAAGACAAAGACAGAGACCAACUACAGUCAUAUGCUAGCUAAAGACAACCCUGCACUCCCUAAAGUUGACCGACUUAUCCUCCACCAGUCCAGCCCAUCACCCUCACUUUCCAGCUCCCUCCACUCUGAACAAGGUGCCCCCCACCAUCAGAAAAUACAAAGCCUUGAUGUGUCUCUGGGGCUACAGAGACCUGAAACGUCAAGAGGUCGGCUGGCCCGGACUUUUGAAGCUCCAUGUGAUCCUGAACCCACCUUAAAUAAACAAGAGAGCCCUCUGGGAGAUGACCCAAGCUGGAGAAUCCGGAAGGAGACGGACAACGAGGAGGAGAGGAAGAGGGCAGAGAGAGAGGAAAAGAGACUGAAAGAAAGGGAGGCGGAGAAGAGACUUAGGAGGGAGGCUGAACAAGAGAUGGAGGAGGAGAAGGAGCAUUUGUUGAAGGAAAAGGAGAAAAGGAUGCAUCUUCUGCAGGAGAAAUUGAGGAAAGAAGAGGAGGAAGAGGAGAGGAAGCUGAGGGAGGAGAGUGAGGAAAGACUGAGGGCCCUGCAACAGUGUCUCUUGUCUAAGAGGAGAGAAGAGGAGGUGAGGCUGAAUGAGGAGUCUGAUGGCGUGCUGGAAGAACUCAGAGAGUCUAUGAAAAGAGAGAGAGAGGAGCAGCAACACAAAGUCAGAGAAGAGAGCGAGGUCAUGCUGAAGGAGUUACGGGUGACUCUGGAGGAGGAACGAGCAGCGAUGCGCGACAAACUGGAGGCCCAGACGAAGCAGGAGGUUGAACGUCUGAAGGCUGAGUCGGAGGAGGAGCUGCAGGCUCAGAGGACGAGACUCGAGAGAGACAGGGAGGAGAAGCUGAACACUCUGAAACAGGAGGUCAAAAGCACAGAGAGGAGGAGGGAGCUGAUGAUGAGUCCACGUCCUGAGCAGCAGCUGGCAGAGUACCACAGAGAGCUGACUGACGUUCUCCAGGAAGUGCGAGACGAAGUCCAGCGUGACCACGAGAGGAAGCUGGAGCAGAUGAAGGACGACCACAGGAGGGAGAUGAACAGCAUCAGAGAAAAAUACCUUGAUGAGGAGACUGUUAUGAGGGAGCGCUUGCUGUCCACUCUGCAGGAGGAUAGAGAGCAUCUCCAGGCCUCACAUGCUGUCCAGCUGGAGAAGCUCCGCCUGCAGCUCGAAACACAGAUACAAAAGACUCAGGUGGUACACUCACGGAAGGAGUCAGAGCUGCAGGAUCUGGCUGAUCAGGUAGAGCUUAGAGCCAAAGAGCUGAAGAGCCAAGAGGCCAUGCUGCAGACAAAGGCAGCAGAUCUAAAGAGAAGGAGGAAGAAGCUUGGAGAAGAGGAGGAAGAAGUAGAAAGGCAACUAGAGGCUUUACCUCGGCUGAUCCAGGAGAGAGACCGACUAAAGGAGCAGCUCCAGAGGACAAGAGAGGAGUUGGCUCAAGCCCGAGAACUCAUCCACAGAGCCAGAGAGGAGAGAAGUGCAGCCAAGGAGGAAGUGGGGAAGCUGAGGGAUGAGAGAGACAAAUCCAGGGAGGACAGGGAGCGACUGGAGAGCAAGGUGGCACUGCUGCAGGAGAGAUGUGACCGUCUCCGUCGCAGAGUCAGUGAACUGGAACUGGCUGAAGGAGAGAGCGUUUCCCCCAAAACUGAGCAAAUCAAAAAGAAGGCAGAUAAAGCAACAGCGCCCCCCAGUGACAGGAUAGACGCAUCGCUGCGUGUAGAGGACCUGGAUGACUCGCCUCGCUCCCCUGUGCCCGACAGCCACAGCAGCAUGGACGAGUUUCGGCGGUACGUCUCCUCACACGGAGCCUCCAUCCACAAGACCAAACUCUUCCUGGAGAGAGAGAACAGCCGGCUGAUGGAGAGACGGGCAGCUCUGCAGGCAGCCCAGACCAGCUCCUCCCAGGUCCCUGAUCUUGGAGGAAUGACUGAGGAGAUGAUAAGAAACCUCCAGCAGGAGGCCAGAGAUGUGGCGGAGCUGCAGCACACGGUUCAGAGAGGAAAUGCUCUGCUGCAGAGGAAGGAGGAGCAACUUCAGCAGCUGGAGAGCUCAAUGGCUGAAGAGCCCUUAUUUGAGAAUUUGUCUCAGCUGGCUGGAGGAAGGAAAGUAACCUUCGAUGUGACCGAGUCCGACCUCAGCAGUGCCGCGGACCAACCGGACGAGACAGAUCACCCCACUGUCCCGGCCAAAGUCCAGGUAUUAGCAGAGUCCCUGCAGCAGAUCUCAGGCCAGCUCAACACCGUCCUGAGUGCGCUGGGUUCAUUGGCUCAGAGGCAGAGCACCACACCUUACUCCACAUAUCCUCUGCCUCUGUCCCAGCCUCACUCCACCCCUGCUCCCACCUCUGUGCCAGUCUAUCCCAAGAUGCACAGCAUGGCUCCCAUCUCCUUAGUCCCACCUCCUGCCUGGAACUGGGCACCUCACAGCAGCUCUGCCCCUUUCUUCAGCACCCCCAUCAGCAGCGGGCUGACAGCCUCAGAGGACCUCAUGAACAGCCGAUGGAGCCAGAUAUUUCCUGGAGUAACUGGUGACGGUGUUGCUUCCAGUGCCACGAGAGCCUCCUCAGCUUUACCAUCAUACACUCCUGUCAGUGAGCACGCCCGCAGCCUGCGGUCUGUACAGAAAUCAGUGGAGAUGGAUGGUCAGAGGCUGCAGGGGCUGAUUGACGGCAACAAGAGAUGGCUGGAGCUGCGCAAAAAAGACACCAGCAUACCUCUUUUCACUCGAUAUCAAGCUCCUUCUUCCAAGAGCAGCCUUGUCCAGCUGGGACUGGAUGAUAACAACCAGAUCAGAGUCUAUCACUACUAAGGGCAGGACGCACAGUUCCGUGUUGGUGCACUCUGACCGUCACGGAGGACUUUCAGGGAUAGUCCAGCCCCCCCUUUGCUGUAAUUGGAGGAAGACAUGACUACAGAGGACAUGACUGUUCAGGGGCCCACGUGUCACAUUCAGCUGAGGACUUUGGCUUGUAGAUUACAGCUACAUGCUAAACUCAAAUGGGAGUCUGUAAGGGUGUAACAUGUUGGACAAUCACAUUUCUAAAAUAUUACAUUUGAGUUACAGCUUUCCAGAGUCAACAUUCUGUCUGUCUUACUGAUUUUGUAAAGCAAUUGUGUGAUUUUGUCAAGGAAGAUGAAGCCAAUCCACUUUUUUGAGGCUUCUCUUCACACUCCCUUAAUGUUUACAUAGCACUAAUAGUGAGCUGCUGGCUUAAACACUUGUGUAAGUAAUGAUGUAUUUUUCUAUGAAAUAUUUUAAUAAUCAACUUUUUAUAUAUUUGUGUACA